CAAAGAGACAGAGAUUAAGGUGAUGCGCGGUGCGGUUUAACAUAUGCGGAAGUUGACCUGCAUUCGAUUCAUUUUUUAAGUAGCAGCCUUCGAAAGAUUUUCCCGUCACCCGGACAACAUUGGAAAGGACUCUGCAAGGGUUGACACGGAUAACCAGGGCUCUUUGUCCGCAUCAGCCUGAAUUACUGCGAGCGAGGGACGGAAAACAAUGCAACUGUUUAUGUGUCACCACUCAGCCGGAAAACGUCGUAUGACUGUGUAACAUCUUUAGAAUAUUUCAUUUCCUGUUCUGAGGCUCAGAGGUAGAAACAUUUCGUCCCGAGUUCUUUGUUAAAUUUGACAUAACUGGGGAAUUUUCAGACUGCGCUCUAAAGGACGUACCGAAAUGCAAAUAACUAUUUCAGUGCCUCUUAACGUGUCGAUUCUGUAAAAUUAACCACUCCAAGGAAAUACGAAAACGGUCACUCGCGAUGGAUGAGAGGUAUGUUUAUUCCGCUGCUUUGUUUUCUGAGUUGACAGAAGCAUGACGAUGAAAUGGGAAGCAAACCGGCGCCGUUGUUAAUUUAAUCCAUCUCGGAACGACCUAUUGUAACUCACUGGCACCGAGGAGUUAACUGCAAAAUCCACCUGCCGUGUCUUAUUUGUCGUUUAAUUUUAUCCGUAGAGCCCAUGUGGUGUAGGCCUGCAUAUCUGCACACCGUAUUCCUGCGGCACACGGCUCCGUUCCUCCGGAGUUUGGAGGUCCAGGACAGUGACGAAUUGCGGUAUCAUACGAACAACAGGCCCUCCACUUACAGGCUACAUUACGGUAGAUGCUAUUUUCACUUCUCGUUUAUCUCAGUGAACUCUGCAGAUACUUCUCCAUGUUCAGUUCCGACAGACUAACUGUCCCAGAAUAUGUCAGCCGCCUCCAGACCCGGAGGACCGGCUCCGACCCACGAGCCGUCUCGCCGGGUAUUAGCGCUGACGUCCAAGCGGCUUUGGAGACUCCUUUACCGGCUCUCCGUUCCGCCAUUAAAACCUUGAAAUCUGCGAAAGACACUUCCGAUCUCGGUGAGACGCGGCGGCCCAUCGCGGAGAUCUUCCAGCUGGUGGAGGAGGCCUGGGUCCUGCCCGCUGUGGGACGACAGGUUGCCGAGGAAAUCUGCAACAGAAUCCGGCUGGAUGGAGGGCUGGAGCUGCUGCUGCAGCUGCUGCAGUCCCCGGCUGUGGAGAUCACGUACGAGUCCGCCAAGCUGCUGGAGCAGAUCCUGGUGUCAGACAACAGGGACUACGUGGCGCGCAUGGGCCUGGGCGUGAUCCUGAACCUGACGCGGUCGCAGGAGGACGCCCAGCUGGCGCGCAGCGUGUCGGGGAUCCUGGAGCACAUGUUCAAGCACACGGAGGAGACGUCGCAGCUCAUCGGCAACGGCGCGCUGGACGCGCUGCUGUUCUGGUGCCGCGGGCCCGACCCCACCGUCCUGCGGCACUGCUCCGUGGCCCUGGCCAACUGCGCCAUGUACGGCGCACCGCUGCAGCGGCUGAUGAUCGAGAAGCAGGCGGCCGAGUGGCUGUUCCCGCUGGCCUUCUCCAAGGAGGACGAGCUGAUCCGCUUCUACGCCUGCCUGGCGGUGACGGUGCUGGCCGCCAACCGCGAGCUGGAGGGGGAGGUGGUGCGCUCGGGCACGCUGGAGCUGGUGGAGCCCUUCAUCGUGUCUCUGGACCCGGACGAGUUCGCCCGCAGCCUGCUGGACAGCGCCGACAGCAUGCAGGGCCGCACCGCCGCCGACCUGCAGCAGCUGCUCCCCCUGCUGGACGGCGCGCGCGUGGAGGGCAAGUGCAUCGCCGCCUUCUACCUGUGCGUGGAGGCCAGCAUCAAGUCCCGCCAGCGCAACACCAGGAUAUUCCAGGAGAUCGGCGCGGUGCAGAGUCUGAAGCGCAUCGUCAUGUACUCCAGUAACGGGACCACCUGCACGCUGGCCAAGCGGGCGCUGAGCCUCAUGGGAGAGGAGGUCCCACGCCGCAUCCUGCCGUCGGUGCCCAACUGGAAGACCGGAGAGGUGCAGACCUGGCUGCAGCAGAUCGGCUUCAGCGCCUACAGCCAGCGCUUCCAGGAGAUGCAGGUGGAUGGUGACAUUCUCCUGAACAUCACCGACCUGGAUCUGCGCACAGACCUGGGCAUUACCGCCGGGCUCAUCCGUAAGAGGUUCCUGAGAGACUUGCGCGUGCUGAAGAUGUUUGCCAACUACUCGACCUGCGACCCCAACAACCUGGCGGACUGGCUGGCGGGGGUGGACCCGCGGUUCCGGCAGUACACCUACGGGCUGGUGCAGUCGGGGUUGGACCGGCGGACCCUGGCCCAGCUGACGGAGCAGCAGCUGCAGAGCGACUGCCUGGUGGAGAACGGCAUCCACCGCGCCAGGAUCAUGGCGUCCGCUCGCCGGCCGGCCGAGCCCUGCCUCACCGACGCGCACCCCGCCGGGCCCGACGUCUUCAUCAGCUACCGCCGCACCACCGGCUCCCAGCUGGCCAGUCUGCUGAAGGUGCACCUGCAGGUGCGUGGGUACAGCGUGUUCAUUGACGUGGAGAAGCUGGAGGCGGGGAAGUUUGAGGAGAAGCUGAUCCAGAGCGUGCAGCGGGCGCGGAACUUCAUCCUGGUGCUGUCGGCCAACGCGCUCGACAAGUGCAUGGGCGACGACGCCAUGAAGGACUGGGUGCACAAGGAGAUUGUCACCGCUCUGAGCGGGAAGAAGAACAUAGUUCCCGUCACGGAUAACUUCCUGUGGCCCGACCCCAGCUCUCUGCCUGCGGACAUGAGCUCCAUCCUCAACUUCAACGGCAUCAAGUGGUCCCAUGAGUACCAGGAAGCCACCAUCGAUAAAAUCCUGCGCUUCCUGAAGGGGGGCCCCAGUCAGGACCAGCUGGACUGUGGGGAGCGGGUCCUGAAAGGGGAGGCUCCGGGGGGGGCCCUGGGGGAGGUGCAGGGUGGGGCCGAGGGCGGGGGCCAGGGCGGGGGCCAGGGCGGGGCCCAGGGCAGUCCACAGCUGGAAUAG